AUGGCUUCUAUUACCGCCAACGGCACACCGAAAAAUAUUGGCAUAUUGGCCGUAGAAAUUUAUUUUCCUAAAAGAUAUGUGGAGCAAACUGAACUAGAAAAAUUCGAUGGUGUUUCCUCGGGAAAAUACACCAUUGGUCUCGGUCAGACGAGAAUGGGUGUUUGUGACGACCGUGAAGAUAUCAAUUCGAUAGCGUUGACAGUUGUACAAAACUUGGUCGAAAAAUAUAAAAUCUCUUACAAAGAUAUUGGUCGAUUGGAAGUCGGUACCGAAACAAUUAUUGAUAAAUCAAAGGCCGUAAAAACUGUAUUGAUGCAACUCUUCACGGAAUCAGGAAAUACUGAUGUCAUGGGUAUCGACACCACUAACGCAUGCUAUGGAGGAACUGCAGCACUUUUUAAUGCUGUUCAUUGGGUCGAGUCAUCUUGGUGGGAUGGGCGUUAUGCUCUUGUUGUUGCCGGAGAUAUUGCAGUUUAUGCAUCUGGACCUGCCAGACCCACUGGGGGUGCAGGAUGUAUUGCAUUACUUAUUGGCCCUAAUGCACCUAUUGUGCUUGAAAGCGGGCUUUGCGGAACACAUAUGGAACAUGCUUGGGAUUUUUAUAAACCUGAUUUAAGUUCAGAAUUUCCAGUAGUUGAUGGCCAUGUCAGCAAUUCAUUCUAUUUGAAAUCAUUAGAUACGUGUUACAAUCGGUAUAUAGAGAAACUAGUGACCAAAGAUAAAUCUGCAAAGCCAAAUCUUGGCUCAUUUGAUUAUGUUCUUUUUCACGUUCCCUAUUGUAAAUUAGUGCAAAAAGCUUUUGCACGUUUACACUUUAAUGAUUUUGUACGCAAUCCAGACGACCAAAAAUUUCAAAGUGUUUCCCAUUUCAAGGGGAUUAAUAUUGAAGAGUCUUUAGUGUCAAAGGACUUAGAAAAGGCUUUCGUAAAUCUCUCUAAAGGAGAAUAUACAAAAAAUGUGCUACCUGCUUUAUUCAUUGCCACACAAAAUGGCAAUAUGUAUACCGCUUCUUUAUAUGGUUCGCUUGCAUCACUUUUAGGCGAAGUGCCAUCUGAGCAAUUGGUUGGAAAACGUAUUGGUCUUUUUUCAUACGGAUCAGGCCUCGCUGCUACAUUUUUUUCUAUGAAAAUUGUAGAUUCAAUCUCAACCAUCGCCAAAAACCUAGACAUCAAAAAUCGGUUCGAUUCCCGAGUCAAAAUUUCACCAGAACAAUUUAACGAAAUUAUGCGUCUAAGAGACGAAUCACAUUCAAAGAAAGAUUUCAGUCCUGUUGGUGAUAAAAGUCCAGUCUCGGGAUCCUUUUUCGAGGGCACAUAUUAUCUUACUCGCAUUGACGAUAAAUGGAGACGUUCGUAUCAGCGUACUCCACAUAAACAAUAA